AUGGCGACGCCGGAUGAAACUACAAACAAAAUGGCGCAACUCAAGCGAAAACGGAAAACUAUUCGCGACAAAGCCCGUUGCUAUAAAUGCAAAAAAAGGCAUCAUGUUUCCAUCUGUAAAACUGUAAGUGAGAAUCCAAAUUUAACUACCAUUCCAGUUACGUCUACUAAUAACGUUGAUAUUAUAACUCGCAAAUUUACUCAUCUGCAAACUGCUCGAGUAUAUGUAAUUGGCCCAACUGGUAAAACAAAAGUAACGCGGUGUCUCUUAGACGGUGGGAGUCAGUCUAGAUUCAUUCAUCCUAGUUUGAUUGACUUCCUGCAACUGGAAAUCACUAGCUCAGAAAAAUUGAACCUUCAAGCAUUCGAAUCUAUUUCAACAAACACUGAAACGAGACGGAGGGUCAAAUUUAUCUUGUCAAGUAUUUGGAGCAACUCAAAAAUAAAUAUACAAGCAUUUGAAAGUUCGAAUACUUAUGCCUUUCAUCCAUCUACUCCACAACCUGUCUCUUCUUUUGCUCAUAGUCAAAAGUUGAAACUUGCUGAUCCAUCAGACAGCUUAAACGACUUACCUAUAGAAAUUCUGAUAGGUGCUGAUUUUUAUUGGACUAUAGUGCAUACUAAAUCUCCUAUCAGACUUUCGGCGACUCAUGUGUUAAUACCUACAGUAUUUGGAUGGAUUCUUUCCGGCAACCGUUCGUUCACUACUAUAGCAUAUUCUUCUGUUUCUUCAGUUCUCAACAUUAGCUCAGAAACUUUGGUACGUGAUCUGGACGAUCACGUGAGACGAUUUUGGGACUUGGAAACAAUUGGCAUUAAAACUAUGCAGGAUAAAGGGAUGACUAUUCGUAAUUCUGAAAUUUUAAGUGAUUUUCACAAUUCAUUUUGCAAAGUUGAUGGCCGCCGUGUUGUAAAGUUACCAUGGAAACCAGAGGUGAUUCUUUCAUCGAAUAAUUACGAAAUAGCACUCAAACGAUUUCAAAUACUCCGUAACAAACUCUUUACUCAUUCAGACUUAAGAGAUAUUUAUACAGAACAGAUGCAAAAUUAUAUCGAUAACCAACAUGUUGAACUUGCUGAUAAUAGUCCUUGCAACGAAUCAAAACUAUUUUACUUGCCUCAUCAUAUAGUGAAAAAACAAAAGAAUGACGAAAAGAAAUGGCGAAUUGUAUUUGACGCUUCUUCUCAUACACCAGGACAUCCUUCCUUAAAUGAUGCUCUUGAGCAGGGUCCUAAUUUGCUUCCAGAAAUAUUUGCAAUAUUGUUACGAUUUCGACUUCACAAAUUCGCAAUCACAAGCGACGGACGUCAAGCAUUCUUGCAACUUAUUUUGGAUGAAGAGGAUAGAAACUGUACUAGGUUCCUGUGGUUUAGGACGGAAAAGGAUGCAAACGGAAAAAUACAUUUGCGAAAUGAAAUACUUACUUAUCGUUUUUCACGUUUACCUUUUGGAUUGACUUCUAGUCCUUUUUUGCUUUCUGCCACUCUUCGUGAAUUAGCUAAUAUGCACUCUGAUUCCUACCCUACUGCAGCUAAACACCUGGAGAAUAAUAUUUUCAUGGACGACUUUGUUAUGGGAGUGGAUACUGCUGAACAAGCAACAAUUCUUUACCAAGAAAUGCAAGAUUUAAUGACACAGAUAAGUUUACCUUUGGCUAAAUGGAGUACAAACUCCAAGAACCUACAGGCUAUUUGGGAACUAAAGGAUAUCAUCUUCAAAUGCAAUACGCAAGUAUUGGGAAUUAACUGGAAUACCAAAGAAGACGUGUUUCAUACAGAUAUAAACGAAAGUGUUUAUCAGUUUGCUGUUCCUGCAACAAAACGUUUACUUCUUAAAAUUGUAUCAAAGUUGUAUGAUCCUUUAGGCCUCUAUGCACCAGCAAUAGUAGUUGGAAAAAUUCUUUUUCAAACCACGUGGCUCAUGGGAGUUCAAUGGGACGAAAUUCUUCCUCCAGGCAUUGCCGCAAGCUUUAACAGAUGGGUAUCUGAAAUAUCAUCCUUAAACAAGAUACACAUUCCUCGCUGGAUUGGAAUUUCUGCUACUUCUCACAUGACUAUCCAUGUCUUUUGCGAUGCUUCGGAAAAGGCCUAUGGAGCCGCAAUAUACAUUUGUUUCACUGAGCGUAACGAAAGAAAGGUUCGCCUAGUUUGCAGUCGCAAUAGACUUUCUCCACUUAAAAAGGUGACACUUCCACGGUUAGAACUUUUGGCAGCCUUACUAGGAGCUCGUUUACUUCACUAUUUUUGCAAAGAAACUGGUUUAGAAAAUCAAACAUCAACACUUUGGAGUGAUUCAACUGUUGUAUUAAGUUGGAUAAGAAAUGAUCCUAAUCGAUGGAAAACAUUCGUAUGUAACCGAGUCACUGAAAUUCUUCAAUACACUUUUCCAGCGCAGUGGCGACAUUGCCCAGGCACACAGAACCCAGCAGAUCAUCUCUCCCGUGGUGUAUUCCCAGCAGAAUUACCAUAUCUAGAAACUUGGUGGAACGGCCCAAGCUGGUUAGCGCAAAUUUCAGACGCCUGGCCAGUCCAAAACAUUUUGACAAAUGAAGAAAAAUUAUUAAUGGAUAUAGAAGCUCGUCAAGUAAAGAACCAAACAUUGUGUACAUCGACUAUCCAAACUUUAAUCGAUAUAUCUCGCUUCAGUUCAUACACAAAACUCUUGAGAAUUACAGCUUGGAUUUAUCGUUUUCUGAACAACUGUAAAGGUCGACAACAUUUUACUUCAGAAUUGACGGCUGAUGAGCUGAAUAAGGCAAGAAACUAUUGGAUUUCAGUUGUACAGAAACAGAGUUUUUCUGUAGAAAUCAACGCACUAGAGUAUAAUCGUUCCUUACCUAAAUCCUCAAAAAUUUCUCGGUUUCGCCCAUUUCUAAAAGAUAACAUUUUACGACUUGGUGGUAGGCUACAAUUCGCACGAAUAUCAGUUGAACAAAGACACCCAAUACUACUGGAGGGAUCUCAUUAUUUUGUGCACUUGUUGAUUAGACACACGCACAUUCGUCUACAUCAUUUGGGUGUUCGUAUAGUCCUUUCAGAAUUACGCUCCGAGUUUUGGAUACUCCGUGGUCGUCAAGCCAUCAAGCGAGUGAUUAAAACCUGUUUACCGUGCAAACUGUCUCAUGCUUUAAGUUCUAAUGAAAUAGAAGCCCCUCUUCCAGCUGACCGACUUACUCCUUGUAUGCCUUUCGAUACUACUGGAAUAGACUUUGCAGGCCCAGUUUAUAUUAAGACCUUUAAACCUUCAAAUACAGCUUACAUUACGCUAUUUACAUGUUCUACUACUAAAGCCUUGCAUAUCGAACUUGUUUCUGACCUUUCUGUAGACAAGUUUCUUUUGGCCUUGCAACGAUUUGUCACUUGGUGGGGAGGAUGGUGGGAGCGACUAAUAGGUCUAACCAAACGAUGCCUUCGAAAAUCCCUUGGUCGCUCAUUACUAGAUGAGGAAGCCUUAACUACGGUAUUAGUGGGAAUAGAAGCCUCACUCAACAGUAGACCUUUGAUUUAUGAGCGUGGUGAAAAUGAUACAGAGGAAGCUUUGACCCCAGCUCAUUUCCUAACUGGUCGAAAGUUGACCAUUGUUCCAUCCGGACCUGAGUCAAGAAAUGAUAAGCUCACAAAUAUUUACCGGCAACAGCAAGACUUACUGGAUACAUUUUGGAAAGGAUGGUCCAAAGAAUAUCUUUUGGAGUUACGCACAUUUCAUCAAGUACGAAAUGAAAAGGAAACACCACGAGUACGAGUAGGAGACUUGGUCUUAUUACAAGAAGAUCUGCGACCACGACAAAUGUGGAAGAAAGCUCUCGUGGUGAAAUUAAUCGAUGGCCGGGACGGAAGAAUUCGAACCUGCAUCCUUCGUGUCAAUGGGAAGGAGAUUACCCGUCCAAUUCAACUGGUCAUACCUCUGGAGGUUGACCAGGGUGGGGAGGAUGUUGCGUGUGGAUUAUCGUUCUGUGAUAUCGUUCAUCGCACUGAUCGAAAUCCAGUCACUGUGAUGCAAAUUUGGAAUCAAUUGGUUGCUAAGGGUCAUAAUAAACUUCAUGCAGGAUCUCAAUGCCCUCUCCUGACUAAUACCCUAGAUGACAAACAUAUUAUGAGAACGGCCCUGAAAAACCGCAACAACAUCAAGAAUCCCAGUAUCCGCUUAUACGGUGCGACGACGUUUGCAGCACCUAAGACAGCCAGCAUUGCGAUUAUUACUUCGACUUCCUUUGACAAUGCAGCAUAG